UGUAGCGAGAGUAAACGAGAAUGUCGAAAGUCAAUCGGCUGUCGAACUCAGGUUAUGAAUUGUGAAUAGAAGUGUUUACGCACGAUAAGUUUAAUAAAUUAAUCGAUGUUGUGAUCGUGCUGUGAUCGAAAGCGAUCGCAAAUUGUGUUUUGCGGACUCCCGCUCUCGGCGAUCUCUCUAAACAAAUGGCUUCGAACGAUGGUAUUCCGCCACCCGCCGCAGCCGCCGCCGCCGCCGCCGUGACAGGAUUCUCAUCGGCGACGCCAAAUAUCGCAUCUAGCUUUGUGCCACCCAUUAUGCCCGCGGCACCGUUCAUUCCCCCUCCCAGUUUACCGCCAGGUCCUCCGGGUAUAAUGCCACCUCAGUUUUCCAUACCUCCGCCAGGCUUUACCUUCCCUAUCGCCGCGGCACCUCCUCAAGAGGCCGGAGUCAUAGCCGCGUCGCCGCAAAUAAUGGCGCCAGGAAUCCCACCUCCCUCGCCUAGCGACGGCGCCGCGACGAUGUCCGCCUCGUCCACGACGGAGAAGAAGACGGACUGGAGCGAGCACAAGGCACCCGACGGCAGAACGUAUUACUAUAACAGCAUCACGAAGCAGUCCUUGUGGGAGAAGCCGGACGAGCUGAAGACCCCGAGCGAAUUGCUGUUGUCGCAGUGCCCCUGGAAGGAGUACAAGUCGGAGAACGGCAAGGUGUACUACCACAACGUCAACAACAAGGAGUCCAGGUGGACGAUACCGCCGGAGCUGGAAGAGCUGAAGACGCGAAUUAUAGCCGAGGAAGCUGCGGCGGCCGCCGCGGCGGUCGUGGCGAACGCCACGAAUUCCAACAUGGUCCCAGUAGCCAUGCAACACUUGUCGCCGAAUGUCACAACUAUAUCGCAAACCAGCACACCAGAAUCUGGAGGGAAGUCGGCUAUCGAGCAGGCGAUGGCCGCGACCCUCGCGGCAAUUAAUAUUCCGACGCCGCCCACGAAACCGGACGAGGAUAGCAAUUCCGCGAUGGGCUCGGCCAACGACAGUCGCACCAGCACGCCCGAGCCCAAGAUGCAGUUCAAGGAUAAGAAGGAGGCUAUCGAGGCGUUCAAGGAAUUGUUGAGGGAGAGGGACGUACCAUCGAAUGCCACGUGGGAGCAGGCGGUCAAGUUGAUUCAGAACGAUCCUAGGUAUCCGCAGAUGAAGAAGUUGAAUGAACGUAAGCAGGCCUUCCAUUCGUACAAGACGCAAAAACUGAAGGAAGAGCGCGAGCAGGAGAGACUCAGAUUGAAGAAGGCCAAGGAGGAUUUGGAGCAAUUUUUAUUAGAAAACGACAGAAUGAUUAGCACGACUAAGUAUUACAAGUGCGAGGAGAUGUUCGGUAAUUUAGAGGUUUGGCGGGCGGUCGGGGAUUCGGAUCGUCGAGACAUCUACGAGGAUGUUAUCUUCAAUUUGGCGAAACGCGAGAAGGAGGAGGCGAAGCAGUUGAAGAAGAGAAAUACCAAAAGACUGGCGCAGGUUCUGGACACUAUGACGGAAGUGACGUAUAGGACCACAUGGCAGGAGGCGCAGGCCUUGCUGCUGCAGCAUCCCGCAUUCGCGGAGGACGCGGACUUGUUGGAGAUGGACAAAGAGGACGCCCUGAUUGUGUUCGAGAACCACAUCCGCCAACUGGAGAAGGACGAGGAAGAAGAGAAGGAGUGCGAGAAGAAACGUCGGAAACGGCAAGAGAGGAAAAACAGGGAUAAUUUCGUAUAUCUACUCGAUGAGCUUCACGAACAAGGGAAACUCACGUCGAUGUCGCUGUGGGUAGAAUUAUACCCCAUGCUAUCUGCCGAUCUUCGGUUUUCGGCUAUGCUCGGGCAAUCGGGCUCGACCCCGCUGGACCUUUUCAAAUUCUACGUUGAGGACUUGAAGUCCCGAUUCCACGACGAGAAAAAGAUCAUUCGCGAGAUACUCAAAGACAAGAACUUCGAGGUGCAGGUGAACACGACUUUCGAGGAAUUCGCCACGGUCGUGUGCGAGGACCGAAAGUCGGCGACUCUGGACGCGGGUAACGUUAAACUAACGUACAACUUGUUGCUGGAGAAAGCGGAGGCACGCGAGAAGGAGCGCGUCAAGGAGGAGACGCGCAAAUUCAAGAAACUGGAGACCGGCUUCAAGAACUUGCUCAAGUCGUUGAACGUAGACUAUCAAAUGGCGUGGGAGGACGUGAGGCCGAAAAUCGAAGAGGAGCAAGAUUUCAAGGCGAUUACUUUGGAGAGCGAGAGAAUACGGAUAUUCAAGGAAUAUCAGCAUGAGCUUGAGGAGAGCUGCAGUCACCAUCACAUCAGAAGUAAGAAGAAAAAGGCGAAAAAAUUGAAGCGCAAAUCACGAUCGCGUUCGCACAGUGAAUCGGAAGGUAGCGAAAAAGGCUUGAGAAGAAAGCGACACAAGUCUCAUUCGCCCAGUAUUCCCAGCAAGUCCGACAGUUCCGAGUCGGAAACGAGGAAGUCCAAGAGGAAGAAGAAUAAGAAGAAGAGAGGCCGCAGUCAUUCCCGUUCACACUCCGGUCUUCCGUCCUCCGAGGAGUCCCCGGAGAGGAAACGGAAAGAGGAGAAGCACAGAAGGCCUUCGGUUCACAGCGAAGGUUCCCCUACGUUGGAAAAUAACGAGCACCACGAGCUCUCCGAGGACGAACUGGAGAAGCAAAGGGCGCAACUUCUCCGCGAGCUACAAAUGCAGCAAGAGGAGAACUGAAGACACUUCGCCAAGUGUGCUAUCGCGCGCCUCAGAAAAAGCCCUCUUCGAAAUCUGAAACAAUUAUUUAUCGUCUCUUCAACUCGAUACCGAUUGUCUAUCCUUUUCAGGACAAGUGAGUUCUUUCUCCGCUAUUUGAACAUCUUUUUCAAGAAAUGAUGAUGUACUAAGAAACAAAUAAUAAUACCGAUAUGCUCGAUUUAAAAAAAA